AUGGACUCUGAUGACUCUGAUCUAGAGACAUCCAGUGACUUACAAGAUGAAUACGAUGUUGAGGACGAAUGUUUUGACUGUUCUGAGCAGUCCGAUUCAGGAGAAUAUUUGUCAGUCGAAGGAAAUGAUGAUACCUCUGAGUGGUACGAAGGGCAUCAUUCAGAAGAACAACUGGCAGACGAAGAAUGGACGAGACAGUAUGAAAAUACUGAAUGAGAAAAUGCCAAGAUUGAGGAAAUGCUUCACAAACGAUUGACUGCCAUUAGUGUAGUAAGCGAAUGGUGCAAGUGUGGCAAUUGCUCUACUGAGAUACUAGUAAAUAUAAGCGAAUGCUAUUGCUGCAAAGAACUCGAUGGAUGCGACGAAGCUCUCCAUUUUCAAGAAGUACUUCAAGACCUUGAUGAGAAUGCUGAGCUGAACUGCAUAACCGAACAUCCUGGCUUCUCAGCAGUAUGUCUCCAAAAAUGGAGUCUUAAGCUAGCAGCUGAUAAGUACAAAACCAGAGAUCGGAAAAGAUAUCAACAAUCAGGAUCAGAGGAAAGCUUCCUUCGUAGCAUUGCAUAUAGGGAGUUCACAAGACUAGUGCAUGGGUAUUUGGGAUACAAGAGACGAAUUCCACUACCAGCCUGUGCUUACACACGCAUCAGAAAAUGCUUCAGAAUUUCUGAAGAUGAACUACACAGUGGGUUUGAAAUGGAUCUUGAGCCUUUAGUUUGACUGCACAAUGACGAUAUAAAAUUAAAAAGUAUUUAAUACAAAUUUGUAGAUGAAACAAUUUAGUGUUUUAAUAGUUGAUGUUUUUUUUAACUUCUUUGGUUUUUUGGACAGUCAAUGACAUUCUUGUGUCCUUUCAUAGGAUUUUUGCAUAGGCUGCAAUGUGGGGUUCUCUUGGCAUGUGCUCUAUUUGUUGGUUGGUUUUGUUCAGGGACAUCUAAAGAAAAAAUAUUAAAAAUGUAUAAGUAAUAUAAGAUUAAUAAAUUUAGCUAAGAUGUAAAAAGUACCUGCACAAGUAGGGAGAACAUCCUCAACCACAAUGCUUUUCCUUUGCAAGUGCUUUUGAAUAGCCUCCUCUCUUGGCUGCUUCUCCAGCAUUGAAUUUAUUGGUGCUGGAGUCAUCCGUCUUAAUUCAUCUUGGUUAGCAGUCAAGUCUUCUUUUGAUGAAUUCAUGAACGUCUGGAAAAUUUCUUCCACGUAACCUAUAAUAAAAAUUGAGGCUAAAAUUA